AUGGUCAAGGGUGCCGCUCUACGCACGGAUGAUACGCUUGUUAGCACCGAUGUGACCGAUGUAUUACCGCAUUUUAAAAAUAUUUUUUGGAAGAACAUUUGGCCCACAUGUGCCGGAAAAGGGGAGGGAAAGGGAAUUAUUCAGCUCGGGAUCGAAAGGCCCAAAAUAUCUACGGUUAACGUGUGGAAGGUAUUUAGCCUUGCUAUUUUUUGGAUGUGAUA